AUGGAGGAGAGCAGGUUGUGCCAGUGGAGUGUAAUUCGAUCGGUGUUGGCUAUUGUCCAAUGGUGGGGGUUCAAUGUCACUGUCAUCAUCAUGAACAAAUGGAUCUUCCAGAAACUGGACUUUAAGUUUCCGUUGACUGUGUCGUGCAUUCACUUUAUAUCCUCGGCCAUCGGUGCCUACUUGGUGAUUAAAGUGCUAAAACUGAAGCCUCUAAUCACAGUUGACCCUGAAGAUCGAUGGAGAAGGAUAUUUCCAAUGUCGUUUAUAUUUUGUAUCAACAUAGUUUUGGGGAAUGUUAGCCUGCGGUAUAUACCUGUUUCUUUCAUGCAGACUAUCAAGUCUUUUACUCCUGCUACAACAGUCAUCCUGCAGUGGCUAAUCUGGAAAAAGUACUUUGACUGGCGAAUUUGGGCUUCCCUGAUUCCUAUUGUUGGUGGGAUUCUACUCACUUCAAUCACAGAGCUCAGUUUUAACAUGCUCGGCUUUUGUGCUGCUUUGUUCGGCUGUCUUGCAACGUCCACAAAAACAAUUCUUGCGGAGUCUUUGUUGCAUGGAUACAAAUUCGACAGUAUAAAUACAGUAUACUACAUGGCGCCAUUUGCAACAAUGAUAUUGGCUGUGCCAGCAUUGCUUCUAGAAGGAUCAGGUGUCGUCAGUUGGCUUUACAUGUGCCCCUCUCUUUUCUCGUCUCUGGUGAUCAUAUUCGGGUCGGGUGUAUUGGCCUUUUGUCUCAAUUUCUCUAUCUUUUAUGUUAUCCACUCGACAACUGCUGUGACCUUCAAUGUUGCUGGAAAUCUUAAGGUUGCUGUUGCUGUUACAUGCUCGUGGCUGAUUUUCCGUAAUCCGAUCUCCAUGAUGAAUGCCGUUGGGUGUGGUAUUACCUUAGUCGGGUGUACUUUCUAUGGGUACGUGAGGCACUUGCUCUCCCAGCAAGCGCCCGGGACCCCGCGGACACCACGCAACAAAAUCGAGCUCAUCCCUUUGGUUAGUAGCGAUAAAUUGGACGACAAAGUUUGA